CUCAAUUGAAUUCACCGCUCACUUCUACACUCUCAGGUCAAGCUAUGGCUUUGUACAGUGCUUCCGUUGUGCAACUUUUUGCGAUAUGUUUUAUAAUGAAACAUGACACAGUCGCUGGUCAAAUAUCGCCGAACGAUGACGCCGACAAUUACAUUUCAUUGAAGAACCAGCUCUUGAAAAACUAUGACCGGCGAUUGCGUCCUGACAUCGGCGGGCCAGCAGUGGAGGCUACUGUUUCACUGAACUUGCUACAAAUUGUCGGAAUUAAUGCCAACAAUAAUACGCUGAUAGCAGAACACCAGCGAGUUUAUGAAUGGGUAGAUAAUAGAUUGGUUUGGGAUGACAACGAUGCCAACGCUGUUGGGAAUAUUACGUUAUCCCCGGAAUCUGUCUGGAAUAUUGCGACAUACGAACAGCUACUGGAAGGCAUGCAUAUUAAAGUGCCUGUGAAUGUUACACCAACCGAUAUACACAGUGGAAUGGUAAUUAUGGAGAACGGCAAAAUAAUACUCUUAACAGAACCAACGUUUACCAAAACCCCGUGCACGAAAAAGAACAGCACCACCAACGGCGUAUAUAUCUGCUCCAUUACAUAUGCGAAUAACAGAUACCCACGUGACAGCUUGAAAUUAUGGCUGCCAGAUAAGAAAGACGCUGUCAAUUUCGAGUAUUAUUCAACUAACGAUAUUUGGGACGUGAUGACUACCAACGCCACCACGAAAUUAAGCUCGUCUUCACCGUUUAGAAUAUCAAAAGUAAGAUUCAGUCUAACGCUGCAGGAGGUAGUGGAAAGUCGGGCAUCGUGUACCGUCAUGCCUCAGUACUGGUCUGUUUUGUUAAUGGUUGCUAUUGGUUACAUUAUACUAGCUUAACCAGCUAAUAAUGUCGUGUCCAAUAUGGUCUUCAUACCGCGCGUGUUAAUAUGCAUUGUCUAUACACAACAUGGUAUAAUUGGAAUUGGAGGCAACACGACUACUGUGGCGCUUUUAAGUUAUUUGUUCAGUAGAAUACACAUCGUUAUUGUAUAUUUCCAUACAUGUUUUCUUACAUGGGGGCUGGGUGGUCGUGGAUUUUGAAAAACAAUGUCGCAGAAAGUAAAUUUUGACAAAUUCAUUUUACAGGAAAAAUAUAUUUAUAAAAAAGUUACCAUACAUAUAUGGUAAAAAUGAAUACAAACACAAUCUACAUUGUAUAUUAAAAAUUUAAAGGUAAAUGAUGAAAAACUAAUUAAUUUAUUAUUAAUUAAUUCCAUUGUUUCUGUACACAGAGUUUCUACCUCCACUCUAAACACUCGGGAAUCUUCCUGCUCACGCUUUGCGAUAUUAUAAUUGCUCCGAAAUUGUAUAUGUUUGAUUUGAGUAGCUACUAUCAUGUCGUAUUAUCAUAAUCAAAUGAAUUUGUGUAGAACACAUAUGACUGAUAUUUUGAUUAUCUGGUUAAAAUACAGUCACGUGCAGAUAGACUAUCGUCCUGCUUAUGAAAUGUUCGUUUUUUCUACAAGUGACUGUUAUAACUUACGAACACCCGUGAACGUCCAUUUAUGGUAUUCAUGUAUUUCCGCAUGACUACUUACAUAAAUA